AUGCCCUACUCUCCAGCACCCGUAAUCCGCUACAGGCCGCACUUCAGCUCCACCGUCCCUCCCGACAAUGUGAUCAUCUACUUUGAGGAACCCGACUUCAAACCCUGGGAGAUCCGGAAAUCAAUCCUGGUGCAACACGAGACUUACCAUCGACAGAAUCAUAAGUCACGAUACUUGGAAACGAUCUACCGCGACGUCCGUCUCCUCAGACGGCUUACCCAGGCGUUUGCUGAGCAAGUUGGGAAAUUGACUAAGAGGCUGUGGUUGCUUCAUAUCCUGCCCCCCCUCAUUGCCUUUCAUCUCUUACUAAUUCUCACCUACUACAUCAACCCAUCUCAUACCCCGGAGCUUGAGUCCAGCUCUAUUUCCUUCUUUUCGAGCUCCAAACAGCAGUUUCAGACACUCUACUAUCUCUACUACGUAAUUCUCUCCCUUUCUUUUGUUCCCUGUGUUUACGCUUCGUUGUCACUCUUAAAAUCCUACGAAUGGCACCGCCAGCUCAAGAUGAUCGAAAAACUCAACGGCGAAUUGACCAUGCUUGAGGAUCACAAAGCGAGCUGGCACAAACCCCUCCCGGACACUCUUUUGCUUAAGAAUGAGCGCUUCUAUAAAGCAAUAUAUUGGAAUAUUCUGGAGCCAUAUGAAAACUGGUACUUUUAUGGCGUGGACUACGACUAUGUGGAGAUGUAUAGGAAGGCGAUCAGGAGGGAUUCAAACAGUGAUGAGUGA